AUGGCGUCCUAUUACCUUCCUCGACAUAGCCAGCUGGCUAGAAGCGUCCUUUAUACAGUUAGCAUCCUGGGCUUUUUUGCUUUACUUGUCUUCCCCAUUAGCACCGGCCUGUUCUCUGAAUCUCUAAGUUUAGCUCGCCAGCACCGCAUUGGGUCCAGAUCUCUCCCAUAUAACACUGUUUUGUCCGGUUGGGAAAGGCUUGAUGACGCUUUAAAUGGAUUUACAACAUUCUUCUACGAUCUAAGCGAAGGUGCUGCAGCCGACACUACCUUACUGCUCGUACCUUUUGUAGGAUCUGCAAUAGGUAUCUUGGUGUUGGGGAUGGUUGAGAGCAGAAGAAGUGGCAAUAUAGGCAAGCUGCCAUCCUUUUUUACGACAAUGGCGAUGCUCGGACAGCUCCUUGGCCUAGGUUUUGUCAGCCCCGCAUUUCUCGGCCUCUGUUUAGAGCAACAAGGCGCAGGGCUCACUAGCCGUGAUAUCGCUAUUGAUCCUGAGAAAUCGUACACAAUUCCUUUAACUAUCGUCCUGGGAUUUGGAAUUCCAUCACUUCUAGCUGCACUUCCAGCACCGUCACUUAUUUCAGUCGAUCUGAAAGUUCAAUUCGUCCGCAUCUGGGAAAUAUUUCCCAUUGCCAUCUAUUUGGUCCGUAGACUCCUUCAAAUCGGGGAGUGUACGUUCCGCACUAAAGUGAGACAGGGAAGACCACCCUUCAGCAUCCCUCACGGGGUGUAUGCUUUUGGUUUUGUUUGUAGCGCUCUUUCCUAUGUCUACUUUUGGAGCAUAUCUUUGACUGCUUAUUUUGUGCCUUUCCUCUUUCGCUCUCACAUCGCACUUGCGUUGGAUCCAGUGCACCUAGUGCGACUGGUGAACCCUUUUGUAACAAACGUGACCAUGCCAUCUCUGUCUGAGGGAAUACUGCAGUUUGUUCAGUGGGAUCUAGCUCUUAUCAGCAUAGCUCACCUCAUCUGGGCUCUAGCAUUAAGGCUACGUCAACUGCCUAACUAUCCUGGCAGAAUCUCUACGAAGAGUAUUGUCGCAAGAGCAAUUCUCUGUGCUGUUAUUCUAGGGCCAGUAAGUUCGGCGAUUUUAAUGGUUUGGGAACGUGAUGUUGAAGUUUUGGGCAAUGAAGCGCGUCUCUCGCGAGAAGCAGCGAUAAAGAAGAGGGAUCCUUGA